AUGGUCAAACGGUACAUUUACGCUCCAGAAAUAAGAAUGACAGUUUACAAGUACAAUGAAAAGGCAGAACAGUUAAAACCAAAAUACAAGCUUCUCUUUAUGAUGGAAAUGAAGAAGUGGAUGGAUACAGAUGUUAGUUUACAUAACUUAAGUAGCGAAAAGGCCUUCGACAGAUUCAGUUUUUUGUUCCCCUUCGUUGUUCUAUUUGUAGCGUGUGUGUUUUGCGAGACACCAAUCUGCCGCACUUCCUUUGCAGUUACUGAAGAGCGCAGCGGCGGUGUUGCUGGCGGUGGCGGCAGCCCUGGCGCCGUCCCUGGCCGACGACGCCGGGGAGAGCCAGCAGUCGGCGAAGGAGGAGCAGCCCUCCGGCGAGCGGGUCGUGGACGAGAGCGACACCAAAUCUCUUCUGCAGAAGAACAAGUUCAUCUUCGGGUCCCUGUCGACCACCACGUACACGGGCGUGGCCGUGUCCACCUCGACCGUAUUCUUCUCGUGCUUGCUGGGCACGGCCGCCACCGUGUGCCAAGGCCGCCGCCGCCGCCUCAGGAAGAACGCCAAGUUCGACGCCACCGCCUCCUACGAGGAAGAAUCGAACCUGGACAGCAGCCAGGUCCCUGCCACCAAGACGCGCGAGGAGGACUCCAGCAACCAGGAAGUCGAAGAGAAGUCCAGGUUCGCCUUCACCGCCUGGACGACGUCGCGGACCUCCACCACCGUCACCGUCCUCUUCACCAACACCUCCACCACUCUCCGCAUCUCGAUAUUCUGCAUCGCCGGCUCGCUACAGUUACCGCAGUUCAACUGUCUGAAUGCCUAAAUGACUCCUUAGGUCUUCUGCAGGAAUUCUAUCCCUUUUUUCAUUUUAGGAAAAAAGGGGUGGAAUACCUGUGCUCCGUAUUUAUGUUUAGGUUAAGAUGGAGGAGAGUCCAAAUGUAUAUGCUUUAAAUGUGAUUAUAAAGA